UGUCAAAAUCGUCGAAAUUUAUAAACAAAAGUCGGAGUUGGAAGUGAGGGCAGAAAGUAAAUAAAUUCACAUUAAAACGCGAGGAAAAUCAGGGUUUUCUCAAAAGAAAAUAGCAAAGGAAACUUCUAUUAUCUGUGGAGUAAAAUCAGGACAGGAAAUAGGACAAAAAAUCUUUAAAAAAAAAAACAAGUUGAAGGAAUUAAUAAAAAUGACUAACAAUACGUACGAUUCGAUGUACUAUUCCGCAUUCCCACAUGCAGUAAAGUUGAAUAGUGAACAAGGUGUUGAUAAAGAUGGACAGAAGUUGCUACCACCACAAAUUCUGGCACCCAGUGCAUUCUGGAGUGAACCGAUACCGUCCAUGCAGAUACCGCCAAUUCCGCAACCACCGCAGCUACCGCCUCAGCUACAGGAGCAGCUGCAGCAACCAAUGCAGCCGUCUCUGCAGGAGAAUCAACUGCAGCAGCUCUUGCUCCUACUGCAGCAGCAACAGAAGGAGAUCAAGGAGCAAAAGGAACAACAGCAACAUCAGAAGGCAGCGUCAUCAAAUGUUAUCUUCCACACAUUUAUCGGAGCUCGAGAGAUUGAACUUUUAAUCAGAGAAUUCAAUCCCAGUGCUAAUAGUGAUCUUCUAGCAACGGAGUGGAUUAAAGAGAUUGAACUGCUGGGGAAGAUCUACAAAUGGGAUCCGUAUCUUCUCAUGAUGUACGGCACUAUGCGUCUGGGUGGUGUUGCUCGUAUGUGGUAUGAGUACUCAUUGGAAUCAAUUAAAAAUUGGGAGGAUUUUAAGCGAGAGCUGAUCAACAAUUUUCCACGAUCCAUUGAUUCAGCCGAUAUCCUUUCUAAGCUCAUUGCAAAGAAACGACAAAGCAACGAAACGCUUGAGGAAUAUUUUCAUAGCAUUGUGAAGAUGGGAAAGAGAAUUAAGUUGCCCGAUGAGACGAUCAAAGAGUACCUAAUUCGUGGUCUUGAGCAGUCAAAAGAUCAGAUUGUUCUCUCCUCUAUUGGCCCGUGCAGUCUCACAGAAUUUCUGCAGCACAUGCAGCGUCUUGAGAUGGAAUCCAGGCGCAAUGGUUCAAGUGGUAGAAUUGCUCCUGAGACGCCUGAUGCAAGAAAACGCUCACGAUCUCCUUCUCCUAGGAGGAAUAACAAGAAAUCUCGUUCACCGUCUGAGAGAUCUUCCAGAGAAUCCUUGAGGAAUCUUGGCUCCAAAGAUCUUGAUACAACUGAUAGCCAUAGAAAACCAACCGGAUUCACGGAAAGGCAGCAGGAACGAAGAUCGAAUUCUCCUCAUCGUUUCUCAAACAAAAGGCGCCUUUCUGACGAUGAAAGGUCAGACAGAAGUGAUUCUAGAUCGAGAAUCGAAGUCAGAUCUUCCAGACCCAAUACACGGUCACGUUUGUGUCGUGAUUGCAAGACAGACCACGAUUUGGCUGAAAAUUGUCCUGGAAAAGUACAACGUAAGGCCAAAGCUGAUAAAUCGGCCCGACUUUGCUACAGCUGCAGGAAGGAAGGACAUGUAGUUGCUAACUGUCCUCUGAAGAAGGCAGAAAAAGAGGCGAAAUUACGAAAACUCUGGAAGCCCUUGACGCCUGCUGAUGAAACUAUGAAGAAAGAUGACUCGGAAGCCUUAGAGGACUAUGAAAGGAACGAAAUGGAGUUUUCAAUUGAGUUAGGAGGUGAAGGAGACAAUGCAGAUUAAAUGAGAUCUG